AUGAUGGACGAUAAACUACCAAUAAUGUCGGACAAGGCAUCGUCGCGAAGCGACAGUUUCUGCAACACGAUCGGUGGUGGCGAUCGCUCGUUCAAGUACGAAGAGUUGGUUGAAGACAGCGUUCCUUGCCCGUCGUGUAAAGGCUUGGGAAGAAUCCCAAAAGGUAAGCCGUACAGGUGAUG